AUGGACCAGUGGACAGAGGUACUGCUGGACGAAUGGACCAGUGAACAGGGGGACAGAUGGACCCGUGGACCCAUGGACACCUGGAUGGACUGGCAAAAAGACUGGACGACCGGGCACUCAAUCUUUCAAUUUGAGCUGCACUUCAAUCAGUUCGGCUCGGUUCACUUCGAAGUCGUAGUUAUGUGGGUUACCUUCUUGGUGUUGCUCUGCGGAUUUUUCUGUCGAACCGUUGAAUGUAAGCGUGGUACGACUCCAACUAUACAUGUAAGACGUCUAACAAGGAUAGGAGGAUUCGAUAUCCUGCAGGAGAGAUGCCUAUUUACACCCAGUUACGGAACGUGCAAAAAGUUCAUCAAGGUUUUCGGCUACAACCUGAUGACCAAUAGAUGCACCGAAUACAUCUACAGCGGAUGCGGUGGGAAUCCGAAUCGGUUUGCCACUGAUAGCCAAUGUCGGAACACGUGUUUUGUGGUUCGAAAAAGGGUUACCGUUUCCGAACCGGACUAUUAUGAAGAUGAAGACGCCACGGAAGCGAUUCAAAUAGAUAAAAGAAAACUGAGCCGUUUACGGGGUAUCGGUAGAAUAAAUGGCUAGAUUUGGGUUUUUUACAAAUCUAUUACCUUAAAUAUGUCAUAUAAUAAAAAUAGGUAUAAUUCAGUUUACAGUA